AAAUGGUAUAAAAUACAGUCGUGUGGUUUGCAAAUAAUGUUAACUCCUUAAAAUGUUACUUUUGUACUAGCACAAUUAAUGAUUUUCAAAUGACCUUUGGGAAAGAAGAUGCUUAAGUGACACAAAUCCUAAAAAAACAAUUAAAAGCAAAUAAAAAAUCAUAUGAUACCCAACCUCAUCCACAAUUUCGUCUAUGGAGAACUGCAGAGAUUCAAACACACUGCCACCUGAUCUACAUACGAUUCCAUACAGCAAUAGAAACAAUUGUCUAGAUAUCAGCACAGAUACCAGUGCAGACAUCUUAGCUUGGAAGCAUACAAUCUCAGAUGUUAAAAAGCCUUUACGAAAACAAUAGUGUCUUUGGUAUAAGCCAGUAUAUACAGUUCUUUGUUAUUAUGUCUCCUAUCCAUGUUUUCCAGAGAUGCUGGCUGACCAGCUGAGUUCCUCAGUUUUAGGUUUGUUUUUCAUGGUUGAUUAGGAGAUGGGGUAUAAAAGGUAAUGCAUAUUCAUUUUCUAGAUAGACACAACAUGCUGGAGUAACUCAACGGGAUAGGUAGUAUUUCUGGAUGGAAGGAUCCCUUCUAUCCAGAGAUGUUGUCUGUCCCGCUGAGUUCCUCCUCCAGCACGUUAUGUCUUGAUAAUAACUUCCCAUGACCGUCCCUCUUGCACUGACCCAGUCUGCUGUGGGGGGGGAGAGGACGUCCAGCGCUUCGGUCUUGUGAUGUCCAGCGGGCGGGGCUCGAGCGCCGACCGUGGGGUGGGGGGGAGAAGGAGAAGAGCCCGCCACCUCGGUAGUGAGGAGUCGAGCUAGGCCGGGCCAGUCCAGUCCACAGACAACCGGGCCAAACUUGCAAGAAGCACCGCUCCUCAGAGCCAGGAACUCCGCGUGGCGGCACCCUUUCUGCAUUCCGAACAGCGAAGAGGGCGGGAAGCCGAGGAGCCGGCGGACAACCUGUGAUUGAAUCUCCAUGUUUGCUUUCGGCUUGAAUAAUGAAGAAUUUUGAUUCUAUUUGAAUUAGUUUAGAGGAAGUGGUUUUGCAUGCAAGAUGCUUGAAUUUGAAGAGGAUUGUUUGCUCCCCUUGGAUUCUUUGUUUUUUGAAAAGCCUUCACCAAGAAACAAGAAACUUGUCUAUAAAGAAACAUCAAGUUGGCAGAUAUCCCCACCACCACCAAUUUCCGAAUUACCAGCUGCUCAGGAAUUGCAGGAAGAGCUAGAAAGGCUAAGAUCAUCAGGCAUAAAACAUUCAAAGAAAUUUGUACCACCUAUAAAGAAGAAGACUGAAAAUGAUUCCCAGUCACAGCCGGUUUUUGAUUCCCAAUAUAUGCAUACCCCAAUCAAACGUAAAACAUUUGAAAUAGGGUUAAAUAACUCCCUUAAAGAUCAAUCUCAGUUUAGAUUCAGAAGUGACAAUUCUAUUCCUUCAACAGUCCUGUUAAAUGACAACAGUAAAGGUCACAGCAGACAUCAGAAUGAAGAGACAUUUGAUCAUUUGAAUUGUCUUAGUACUUCACAUCAUAACCCUGAGAAGAAAGAUGAAAGUGAUAACUCUUUGUUCAGAAAAAGAUUAUUUAAAAUGCCAUCGCCAAACAACGCAGCAAAUAAUCCAACAAUUGGAAACUGUCCAGCAUUUCUUGAAAAGUCCCUUUUACGUGAUGAAAGACAUGAACUUGGAACUUUUACAGAAAAUCACAAUGAGUUUGAUAUAACAGACUACAUCAGACCAAUACAGCAGAAUGCUACUCAGUAUGUGUUAAAAGCACAUGUACCCCCAAUGAUGCCACUGUCAUUUAAUGUAAAAGAUGCACAUGGCAGGAGUUCGGGAACUUUGAGGGCAGUUACUGAAAUUCCGGUACAAUUCAGAAGCAUUUUCAAGGAAUUUCCUUAUUUCAACUACAUACAAUCCAAAGUAUUAGAUGAUCUUCUUUACAGUGAAAAGAAUUUUGUGAUAUGCUCCCCAACUGGUUCUGGAAAAACUGUGAUAUUUGAACUAGCCAUCGUCAGAAUAUUGAUGGAAGUUACAAAACCGUGGUCCAAUAUAAAAAUUGUAUACAUGGCUCCCAUCAAAGCUUUGUGUAACCAGCGAUAUGAAGAUUGGAAAGAAAAAUUUGGACCGAUUGGACUGAUGUGCAAAGAGCUCACUGGAGAUACAGAAAUGGACGAUUAUUUUGAGAUCCAAGAUGCACAUAUAAUCAUAACUACUCCUGAAAAAUGGGACACUAUGACGAGAAAGUGGAGAGAUAAUUCAUUAGUACAGCUGGUGCGGCUUUUCCUAAUUGAUGAGGCUCAUGUUGUGAAAGAUGAAAGUCGUGGUGCAACCCUUGAAGUAGUUGUCAGCAGAAUGAAAACAGUUCAGUUAGCUGUCCUGCGUUCAUCUAAUCAGCCUGCAGAUAAAGCACUGAGAUUUGUUGCAGUUUCUGCAACGAUUCCAAAUGUUGAAGAUAUUGCAGAAUGGUUAUCAGAUGGAAAGGGACCAGGAAUUUCCAUGAAGAUAGAUGAAAGUCAUCGACCUGUAAAGCUUCGCAAAGUUGUACUUGGAUUUCCUUGCUCGAAUACUCAAUCUGAAUUCAAAUUUGACCUAUGCCUUAAUUACAGAACAGCUAGUGUCAUCCAGACAUACUCUGAACAGAAACCUACUCUUGUGUUCUGUGCUACAAGGAAAGGUGUACAGCAGUCUGCAUCCAUACUUGCAAAAGAUGCCAAAUUCAUUAUGACCAUGGAACAUAAGCAAAGACUGCAAAAAUACACAAACUCAAUUAAGGAUGCAAAGCUCAGAGAUCUAUUAACAUAUGGAGUUGGUUAUCAUCAUGCUGGCAUGGAUCUAUCUGAUCGGAAAGCUACUGAAGCUGCCUUUACAGCAGGAGAUUUACCAGUACUUUUUACUACCAGCACUUUAGCCAUGGGAGUUAACUUGCCAGCCCACUUAGUGGUCAUUAAAUCAACAAUGCAUUACGCAGGAGGAAUGUUUCAAGAAUACUGUGAAACUGAUAUACUUCAAAUGAUGGGCCGAGCUGGCCGACCUCAGUUUGAUACCACAGCCACGGUAGUCAUAAUGACAAGGAAUCAAACAAAGGAUAAGUACACACAGAUGUUAAAUGGAGCAUAUACCAUUGAAAGCAGUUUACACAAGCACCUUGUUGAACAUUUGAAUGCAGAGAUAAUACUAAAUACCAUCACUGAUGUCAAUGUUGCUUUGGAGUGGAUACGAUCAACAUUUCUUUACAUUAGAGCUCUUAAAAAUCCAAAUCAUUACGGUUUUGCUGCUGGUCUUGACAAAAGUGGAAUUGAAGCAAAGUUGCAAGAACUGUGCCUGAAGAAUUUGCAGGCAUUGGCAUCCAUUGGUUUGUUAAGAAUGGAUGAAGAAAUCAAUUUCAAACCUACAGAAACGGGGAAAUUAAUGGCCCGCUAUUCCAUUGCAUUUGAAACAAUGAAGCUCUUCUUCUUGGUCAAUGGAAAUGAAAAUCUUACUGAACUGGUCACAAUAAUCUCCAGAUGCAAGGAAUUUGCAGAUAUUCAACUAAGGGUCAAUGAGAAGAAAAUUCUUAAUACUCUGAACAAAGACAAAAACAGAGUCACCAUCAGGUUUCCUAUAGAAGGAAAGAUUAAAACAAAUGAAAUGAAAGUUUACUGUCUAAUACAAGCCCAGUUAGGUUGUAUUCCCAUUCAAGAAUUUGCAUUAACUCAAGACAUGGCCAAGAUAUUUAAAUGUGGCGUAAGAGUCACCAAAUGCCUUUCAGAAUUGCUUAUGCAACAAGACAAGAAGAACUUUUCAACAUUGUUGAAUUCACUGAUCUUAGCCAAAUGUUUUAGGGCUAAACUUUGGGAGAACUCCUCGUAUAUAUCAAGACAACUUGAAAAAAUCGGUCCUACUUUGUCCUGUGCCAUGGUAAAUGCAGGCCUCUCUACAUUUCAGAAGAUAGAAGAUACAAAUUCAAGAGAGUUAGAAUUGAUUGUGAACAGACACCCUCCAUUUGGAAAUCAGAUAAAAGAAUCUAUUACUCACCUCCCAAAGUACGAACUCAGUGUUGAACAGCUUGCAAAAUACCAUGCUGGAGUGGCAGAAAUCAUUGUGACAAUCACCUUAACAAAUUAUGAGCAACUGCUGAAAAAGAGAACAGCAUCUGACAAUCACCAUACAUCUCUGAUCAUAGGAGAUGCAGACAACCAAGUUAUUUACAAACAAAAAAUCACGGAUUCAGCUCUACUUAAAACUGGAAGUUGGUCAAAGAAAAUUGAAGUUAAACGACCUCUCAAAGGUGAAGAACUGAGUGUCAAUCUUAUCAGUUCAGACUACGUUGGAUUGGAUAUUCAGCAAAAGUAUACCGUCUUUUACUCAGGACCAAAGAGGUUUGGAACACAUAUUAUUAAUGGAAAAUCUGAUGUACAAAACACACCAUUAACAAAACGGAAUAGCACAGAAAAUUCAUUAACAAGUUCCUCUCUUGGUACAAUUAAAGGAUGCACCAAAGAAAGCAACAACACUGGACCUCCAAGAAGACUCUGUAAUCAUUACUGCAAGAAUAAAGACAAAUGUGGUCAUGAAUGUUGUAAAUUUGGUGUACCGGUUGUACAGAGUAGUAUUACACCACAAACAACAACAAAACUUUCUUCCUAUCUCAGUGACCUUAAAAAUAGAAGUGAUACUUCCUCAGCCCCAUCAGUCAAACGACUAAAGGUCGAGAUGCAAAAUGACUUGGGGUCAGUAAAUCUUCAACAGUUUGCUUACUUGCCCAAACCUCCACUGACAACAUUACCAAGGUACUAUGAAACAAAACCUGCUCCGACCGCUCAAGAACACAACUGGGAUCAAUUAGACAUCUGUAUAAGUAAUUGUCAACAACAGCAUACAGAUGAUGAUGAAGGCAAAUAUUCUUUGACAUCAUCAAAACCCAGUUCAGCUGCGAUUCUGCCACAGCAAAAUAUGUUGAGGGCUUUUAAUUGUGACUCCACUGAUGCAAACGAAAGUGGUUACUGGUCAGCAGAAGGCAUAAAUGUGACUUUUGACCUCGGAGAUGAUUUAUGGGGUGACUUUGAUGAUGAGAAACUGGUGCAAGCAAGCAAUGUAGUCAUUUCAGAGAAAACCAACAUUAAUUAUCAAAAAGAUUCGCCUUUUAGUAUGUACCAAAAAAUUUCAGAAUACAAUCAACAGAAUACAAUGCCUGAACGUCCAUUCAAAAAGUUCCAGUACCAAACUAUAAGCAGUAAAGGCAAUUGGCAUGGGAACCUCCCAACAAUGGAACAGCCCUAUUCUUUACCAGUUAACUCAACAGUUCACGGAACAUCCAAAAUUCUUGGAACUAUUCAUCACACAACUCAAGGUGCAAAGGAAGAGUUGAGUUCUGCACCUUUCGAUGUAGAUGCACUGAAGUAUCCUAAAGGUCGAGGCCCUUCGGGCUGCUACCAACAAUUGGCUACACCUACUGCAAGAGAUCCCAGAUAUUCUUCUGAAGAAGAGUACGAUACUCUGGUCAGCAUUUUUGAUGGAAUAUUUUAGGACAGCAUAUAACUCCUGGUAUUCUAAAUAUGUUUUCAUUAUAUCAAUGAUAUCAUUAUACCAUUAUACCAAAGCUUACAAUUUGCUAAUUGCUUAACUAGAACACAAUUUCAAAUUGGUAAAUUAAAAAAUAUAUAUAUUCCUUGCUUUUGUUGUCAGUUUUUAUAUCGAAUUUGAUAUUUUAUUCAGUCUAGAGAUCAAAUCAUUUUAAAUAUUAUAUUUAUGAGCUGAAAAGACAGAUAAUGUAAGGUACGAGUUAACAUGUUUAAAUUGUGCACCUGAACACAUUCUUUAUUAUUGUAGCAGAGGUGUCAAUCUAUUUAGUUUUGAUGGAUUGGUAUUUCUAGUUAAAAACAGGGAUUUUCGGAUGAAAAUCGUUUUUGUUCCUAAGUUUCUUAAAGUUUGUUGUCAAACCAUGAGAUUACAUUCCUUUAUUAUUAAAUAAUGACUGUUCUUUUUGUGAAGGAUAUUUGACACAUGCGAUUUCUCAACACUCUUAAUUGAAUGUAAAGUAUAAAAUAUUUCCUUUAAUUUUCAAAACUUAGUGACAGUUAAUUUAUGCCAGCUGUGGAAGUAUUCCAACUGCUGUUGGGAACCGAUGGACCCGGCUACUUUUAUGCAACGCUUAGACUGACUGGUUGAAAAGUAACCUGCAGGUACCUGGGAGCACAAGAACUGCAUCUACCCUACUGGAAAAAAUGUGCUUAAAAAUGAAUGCACAUUUUGUGUGUUUAAACAUCAAAAUUAUUACAUAAAUGCUGACCCAUGUAAACUAAUUUAAUGAUUUAAUGAUUAUAUUUUCUUGUUCAUGUCACCUUAUUGUAUUGAUAUUUGUUCAAAUUGAAUGUUUAACUACAGAUAAGAAUAUUGGAUAAAUAAAGUUCCCUCAAAUGUCAGCCCAGUUUACUGAAGUUCUAUGUUCAAUCUAUUAUAUAGCAAGAUACAUUCUUUUCUAUGGGUGGGAAUAUUGGCCAUCUCAUUUUUCUGGUUACUUAUUGGCAACGGGAUUCUUUCUUAAACAUUCUGCUUUUUUUUUUCUAUUUUCCCCCUUUCUCGUUCCAGUCCUAUCCCAUACGUAUUGAUUGCACAAGGACUGGAGUUUUCUCAAAUUGGCUUUUUUCAUAGAUGAAACUAGAGAGUGCCACAAAUUCGAUUCACUAACUAAUUUCUGCUGUAUUGAGCACACACAAUGGAAUAAAUGCUUCCACUGGGAGCAACACAGUUGAGCUAAAUGCUAUUUUCAUCCAACUUUCUGGAGGACUGAUAUGAAGGUUGGAGAAGUGAGGUUGGCAAGAGUGGGGUUGCCACAGUUGCCGAACAUCCGCCGCAUCCUCCAGCUUUGAGUGGAAGUCCCUUUUGGCCUUUGUCAAGGUCGUAUUUGGAGUUCUUAUAAACCUCUGCGUCACCAGACCUGAAUGCCCAGGAUCUGGUCCUCAUAAAAAUGCAAAUCUCCUGGUUCAUCCAAGGCUUCUGAUUAGGAAACACUCGGAAGGUUUUUGUAGGAACACAGUCCUCCGCACAUUUCCUUAUGAAGUCUGUAACGACUGUGGCGUAUUCAUUCAGGCCCGUUGACGAGUCCUUGAACAUUACCCAGUCUACUGACUCCAAGCAGUCCUGUAGUUGUUCCUCUGCCUCCCCAGACCAGCUCUGUGCAGUCCUCAUCUCUGGGGGUGCACUCUUCAGUUGCUGCCUUUAUGCAGGAAGAAGCAGCACCACUGAAUGGUCAGAUUUCCCGAAGUGAGGGCGAGGGAUAGAGCGAUAGGCAUCAUUGAUGGUCGUGUAGCAGAGGUCAAGGGGG